AUGCUGAAAUCUUUCUUUAUACUACUCCUGGGCACGGCCCACAUUGCCAGAGCGGCUGACGCGCAAGUGGUCUUCGCUCCGGUCUCCGAGACUCCAAGCACACACGAGCACAAUGUUGACGAGGCUAUUCUUGCAGCUUUGAAAGCGCAUUCGGACCCAGUCGCAGCGCUCGUCUCCUUGAAGCCUGAAAGUGAAUCGCUUCUUACUCAGCCCCGUCUCCUACGUAUCUUAGGUGAUGACUCCGAGCCACAAUGGAUGACAGAAGGAGACAAGCUACGCCUCCGUAGACAAGGAAAGAAGUUUGUAGACAUUACCGAUCAUGAAGACUUCUAUGCUGAGCAGAUGCAUACAUUGACGGCUGGCAAGCCCCACCUUCCUGAACUGAUCCAUGAGAGUCUUAUCCGACCUCUCUUCCCGAAGAUUGAUCAACAGCGUAUGACUGAUGUUCUCCACCAUAUGACUGGGUACUACAACCGGUACUAUGGGGAUAUCCAUGGCGAACUAAGCUCUGAAUGGCUUCAUGAGCACAUUGCCGAGAUUAUCGCUAAAUCUCCAUUCCGUACCCAUAUCUCGCUCGAGUACUUCACCCACCCCUUCCCCCAGUCAUCGAUCAUUGCUCGGUUCGAGCCCAAGGUCCGCAAUGCUUCUGCCCCACUGACCAUCCUUGGUGCACACCAAGACUCGGCCAACUACCUCUUCCCCCUUCUGCCAGCCCCCGGCGCAGAUGACGAUUGCUCAGGUACCGUGAGUAUUCUCGAGGCCUUCCGGCUUUUGGCUGAGAGUGGCUACACCCCUCAGAAUGGCCCGGUGGAGUUCCACUGGUAUGCAGCCGAAGAGGGUGGUUUGUUGGGCAGUCAACGUGUUGCUCGUUACAAGAAGGAGCAAGGCGCGAACAUCGGUGCGAUGAUGGAGUUCGACAUGACGGCCUUCAUUGCGCGCAAUGCGACCGAGAGUAUCGGAUUUAUUUCGACCCAGGCCGACGCAGCUCUCACCAACUGGACCGUGAAAUUGAGCGGAAAAUACAUCUCGAUUCCCGCGAAGAUUUAUGACCUUGGACCUUCCGCUGGCUCUGAUUACAUGUCAUACACACAACUCAAUUACCCGGCCGCCUUUGCCUCGGAAGGUAACCCCUUAGCGGGGGGUUUUUUCCCUGGUGAGUUUGAUCCCUAUGUCCACGGGACUCGGGAUACCAUGUGGGUGAAUGAUGAAACUGGCUAUUUCUCUGUCGAUGGGCAGCACAUGGCACGAUUCACCGAACUAGCGAUUGCAUUUGUGGUGGAACAGGCUGGUUGGAACAACGGAUGGCGGUAA